AUGUAUCUCACAAAGCGGCCACCGGCGGAGCUGAUCAUUCGCCACCGCGACGGGACGGAAGACCGCUUCGUCCAGCCGGCUGCAGCGGUUGCGGAGCCAGCGUCGUGCACCGCGACGAACGACGAUCACGACGAGACGUAUCAGAUCGUUAUGGAGUGCGCGCCGUACACCGCAAGCUUCAACGCCCUUCUCGCCAAGGACUCGGUGCACGAAGACUCACGGCAGAUGGUCGCUCUCGUACAUCAUCGCAUGCACUCUGAGGGAAUCCCUUUGAACACGCAGACGUACAACUUGCUGAUGAAACGCGUCACCCGUUUCACCGAUGGCGCCAUCUUCACCCUCUACGACGAGCUCAAGAGUGAGGGGCUCAAGGAGAACAGUAGCGUGCGGCCCAACAUGGAGAGCUAUAUACUGCUGUUCCGCGCGUGCGAGCGCAGCUCGCUGUACAACCGGGCCUUCGUCCUCUACCAGCAGCUGCGAGAGCAGUUUCAACUGGUGCCCGAGACGGCCGUGUACAACACCCUGCUGGGGUACUGCGCGGCCGUCCGUGACGUGGCACAGGCAACCUUCCUGGUCGAGGAGAUGAAGCAGCUCAACGUUUCGCGAGACGUGAACACGUACAACUGCCUGAUGAGUGUUAUGAUGGAAUCAGCGCCGUACGAGGAGACGCUGAAGGUGUUUCAGGAGCUGCUCUAUCUCAACUUGAAGCCGACGAUUCGGAGCUACAACACCAUUCUGAAGGUGGCGUGCCGCCAUGGCGAUUACGACCGCACGUUCCAGUUCGUGGAGGAGAUGAAGAAGAAGGGGCUCAUCCCGGAUGUGGAGACGUACAACUACCUGUUCACCGUGUGUGAGCAGCGGCUCGACUACGUCCGCGGCACUGGCGCCUACUCUGCAGAGCGCCGCACACGGGAGCAGAUUCUGCACGGCUUGCAGGCCAUUGCCGAGCUCGUCGUGACACUCCUGCGCGAGAUGCGUACAAUCCAGGUGUGGCCGGACACCUACACCUACAACAAAGCGCUCAGCAUCCUUGUGAGGUGUGAGGACGAGCGGAUGUUCGCUGUGUACAACGACAUGGUGCUGCACACGAGCGAAAUCGUGGACAAAUCCAGAGGCGCUGGCCGCGGACCCUCUUCGUCUUCGCGUAAAUGGGGGAUAGCGAAAAGCAGUGACAACGACAUGCAUCAGGCCGAUGCCGGCAUGCUCUUGGAAGAGGCACUCCAAGCGGAAGACGAGGAGGAAGUGGGUAACAUACGCAGCAACGCCGUUCGACCUAACUUGGAGACCUGGCGGCAGAUGAUAAAGGCGUGCCUGCUCUACCAGUACUACAAACUCGCGGAGGAGGUGAGCGCAGACAUGCGGAAGAGCGGCCUGACGCUCAAUGCCUCGCUGGGGCUGCUUCUCCUGGAGGUGUGCUCCGCAGCCAAGGACCUUAAGUGGGCCGAGGAUGUGCUCGCGGAGCUGAAGAAGCGGGAUGUCCUCCUCGAUACACCGCUCAUGAACGCCUUUCUCCGCGUCCUCUGCGCGGUGGACGCCGGGGCGGAUAUCUUUGCCGAGUACGAGCAGAUGCGCAUGGGUAUUCACCCGACGGGCGCGUGGGCCGACACGGAUACGUGCAACAUCGUCCUGCGCUACGCCCACACGAAAUCGAGUAAGACCGCAUUUGCCGAAAGUCUCUACACCAUGAUGGUGCAGCCCUAUUCCAUCGCAGCCGCCAACGAGGAGACGUUCUGCAUUCGCCUCGCCGCUUUGACAGGCAAGAUGGAUGUGUCAGUGGACAGUGUAAUCGCCUUCAUGGAGGAUGUGACGCACAAUGGUAGCCCCCUCACCGUUGCCUUCUAUCACUGUGUCCUGCGCUUCUUCCUCGUCCGCGACGAUGCGCGCAUUCAAGCCUGGUUUGAUCGACUGAGCACGGAGCACGGUGGCUCCUCCAAUGUCCAUGCUCCAGUCGCGGACGUGCAAUGCUACACGACUCUGAUGCAGUACUACCUCGCUCAUGCGCAGUACGAUAUGGUGGAGCAGCUGUUCCAAAAGAUCCAAUGCAGUUCGGAGCUAGAGGCGAGCACCGAGUCCUACUAUGUGCUCUUUGAAGUCGCCGGUCGGCAAGGCGACGUCGCUGCGUUGAGGCAGGUGUUUCACCAGGCCUAUGUGAACUGCAUUCCGCUAGACGUGCUUUGCUACAAUAGCAUCUUGAAGACCCUUGUUGAGCACAAGGAGCCGUUUGUGUACGAUGUGCUCAGUGAUAUGAAGAAGCACCGAGUGCCGCCAGCAGAGAGCACGAUUGCCGUCUUCCUCGCUGACGCGCACGGACGCCAGGUCUUGACGGAGGUCGUUUCUCGCGCCCUGUUUUACACACCACCGCCGCCGAUCACGCUGCAGAAGAUGAAGGUGCGUGAUGAUGGAUGA